GUGACGCGCGCCGCUGACCGCCAGAUGGAGGCGCACAUCCGGGCCGUGCAUCCGCAGCUGCUGGGCCUGGCCAGCGACUACUCGGAGGCAGCCAAAGAGGAGCGAGCGCGGCUGGAGCGUCUGGCGGUGGAGACGGCCGAGUGCGUCGGCGAGGCGCUGAGCCGCAGCGUCGACACGGAGGACGCCGCGCCAGCAGUCCCUUGCUCUGCGACUACCACUGCCCCGUCGCGGAGAGUGCAGGGCUGCCAGGCGGACUAUCCCCAGCGCGACUACAUGCUGUGGCACACCACCGCGACGACUGGAAUCGCCCGGCGAGUGUUGAGUGCUUUCUGGUCGCUGACAGGCAACUGUAGCUGAUUAACUGCCGGGACAAUUUUGCAGGAGUAAUGCAGCGACAUCUGCCGCCAGUUGUCCGUCAGUCCGAGUCUCCUCCUGCCCA